UGCAGCCUCAUCCGAUGCAUGUCUCAAAACAUUACCAAAUUUUUUUCAGGAAAUAAUUGUCUUGUUAUCAGCAAGAGGCUUAGGUUGAUGCAUUUAAUACAGCUUGAGAGUCACUAAAUUUGAGGAGUGCCAAUUGAAAUAGCCGAUGGGUAACAUCCCCACUGCAAUGAAACACUGCCUCAGCUACAAGGAUUAUCCGUGGCUUGCAGAUUUAUUCCAAGAGGAACAGGGGACUGGUAAAACUGGACUUCCAGAGAAUGUUAAAAUAGUGGAAGUUGGACCAAGGGACGGUCUACAAAAUGAAAAGGAAAUCAUUCCAACAAGAACAAAAAUUCACCUAAUUGACCUCCUCUCAGAAUCAGGACUAACUGUUAUUGAAACAACAAGCUUUGUCUCAUCAAAAUGGGUGCCACAGAUGGCGGAUCACACAGACGUGCUGAUGGGAAUAAAGAGACAUCCUCACAUUCAAUAUCCUGUUCUUACACCCAACAUACAGGGUUUUCAGGCCGCAGUGGCAGCUGGUGCUACAGAAGUCGCAGUGUUUGGGACUGCCUCUGAAUCUUUUAGCCGAAAGAAUAUCAACUGCUCCAUUGAAGAAAGCAUGCAAAGAUUUGAGGAAGUCAUCAAAUCUGCGAAAGCGGUCAAUAUCCCAGUCCGUGGAUAUGUGUCCUGUGUGCUAGGUUGCCCCUAUGAAAAAAAUAUUGAACCAGGUAAAGUUGCUGAGGUGGCUAAAAGGUUACACAGCAUGGGAUGCUAUGAGAUUUCCUUGGGAGACACUAUCGGAGUGGGGACUCCAGGCACCAUGGCAACGAUGCUGGAAUGUGUUUUGAAAGAAGUCCCUCGUGAGGCCCUUGCAGUUCACUGCCACGAUACAUAUGGGCAGGCUCUUGCCAACAUUCUGACAGCCUUACAGAUGGGUAUUUCUGUUGUCGAUUCUUCAGUUGCGGGUCUUGGUGGAUGUCCUUACGCCGAAGGUGCUUCUGGAAAUGUGGCUACAGAGGAUGUGGUGUAUAUGCUCACAGGACUGGGCAUCAAUACAGGAGUGGACCUUUAUAAAGUGAUGGAAGCUGGAAACUUUAUCUGUGAAGCCUUAAAUCGGAAGACAAAUUCCAAAGUUGCUCAGGCCUGCUACAAGCCAUAGAAAAUAAGCAUACAUUAUUCCAUAAGACAUAUAACUAAAUAUGCAAGUUGUGCCACUUUUUAGCUGCUUUGCCAAAUGUAUUCUUUGUAACUAAUCUGCCAAAAGGGGACAUUUAGGGGUAGGUUUAGUAUUGUGCCUGUCGCAAUAGUUGCAAACCAGCUGCAAAUAAGUCGGAAGUCUUGGAUGAAAAGUACUAGACAGGCGCAAUACUAUUUAUGACUUUUUAGGGAAUUCUUUGCAGCUGCAGUUUCUGUUUGCAGUUCAAACAUAGAUGAAUAUGUAAUUGUCAUUUCUGCAUAAAUUUGUAAAUAGGGGACAGAGAUGCAAAUCAAAGUUCUCAAAUAGUAUAACGAGAUGUAUGAAAACUGCAGACAAUUGCGACACUUACAAUUGCAUCAAUUUUAUUUUCAAACCAGUCUGUUUCAAAACAAUCGCAAUCAUUGCUGGCAUUUCCCAGUCUGACUUUUCUCUUGUGUUGUCAGUUGUGCUCAAUGCAUUUUUGAGGUUAAC